AAAUAAAGCAGAAUAGCAUUGAGGGCUACGUGUAGUCGCUACCGAAAUCAGGUAGGACACAUUACUGGCUAGCGAUAGUGCGUGGACACAACCAAGGAUUGUGCCACGAAGGUCUACUGGUAUAAUCGCAAAUCGAUGGGAGGACGAAACUUCUUCUAAUUUGAGGCAUGCAUCACUGCGCGACCACUAAAACUCACCAUUACAACAACCUAACUGCGCCACCGCGAAAUAGUUAGACUGAAACACCAGCGACAAAAUGUUUGCCGGACUUUUCGGAGGAAAGGAUAAGGCUUCCAAGGAAGCGCCGAAGCCGGAGGUGAAUGGGAAGGGAGGCAGCCCCAAGCCGGAAGCCGCCAGCCCGAAGCCGGAGAAAGCCGCGAGUCCGAAGUCCAGUCCAAAAUCUAGUCCGAAAACUGGAGCAAGCCCCAAGGCGAGCCCGAAGGCCGAUCCAAAACCGGCGCCUGAAAAAGCUGCUGACAAACCGAAAAAGAAGCUUGAUAUCUCCGUAUUUAUCUAACGAUCUGGUGGAAAUCGAAAUGUUAAUGUUUUUCAUAGCAAAAAGAAAAAACAUGCAAAGAAUGGACCUUUGUUGAUGCCGAUAAAAGAAGGUCAAGAGUAUAAAUUCGUUGAAAAAUAACGGAAUUACCCUUUGUCGUUUGAGAAUGAUCUCGUCCACGAGGUGUAGAAUAUGUUUCUACAUGAUUGAUUUGUUGUUUCAGGGCCCACGUGUCUUCGGCGAAUGGGAGGCUACCUAUUUGGAGAAGCUCGGCGAGACCGUUGUUUACAAUGGGGGCAAGAUUCUGCAGCUGGGUUUCGCGAAAGAGUACAGACUACUACUUGCGUAUCUGCAUUUUUGUUGUGCUUGCACUUCUUGCUCUACUUACUUAGUCCGCUCGAGUAUGAAGAAUAUGCACCGGGAGCAGGCUGUCUGUCGCAAAUUUCGCAUGCCUUGAGGCAUGCUUACUUAGUUUUUUCCUGCGGAGAGGACGAUGCGCAUGCGUAAUCGAUCCCGGUUGUUGUUUUGUGUUUGGAACGGUUUUUAUCGAUGCAUUUUUAUGCUUCCCUACAUACAGCACUUUUGGCGAUUUGGCAGCGAAGCACGAGAAGGUCACGGAACAUGCUAUUUGGACCGAUUUGUCGAAGAUCGACACUUUGGAGGACGGGUCUCUGACCGGGCUAGUUUUCGAAGCCACUGCAUUUCCAGUCAUUGAAACGGUGGAAAAGUUCGUUCCGAAGGUAAGUACUACUAAAGGCGUGUACUUUGUAUAGUUUUAUGCUGUUUAGUUCCUUUUCGUUUUCCUCGCUCAUCGGCGGCACACGAGAACCGGGUGCGUGGCGCCUCAUCUGUAUCGCACGAUGGGUAGAAGCAAGUUGUAGACCUUCACACACUUCUUGCAGAUGUAAUUCAGUAUGUUCGCAGGCAUGUUUUUUUAUCCGCACAUACUUACAUGGUCAUGAAAUAAAAUUAAAAUGAAAUCCAUAACAGUUGGCUGCAAACGCUACGGUAACGUUUGACAAUCUGCGAGUUUUGGGUGAGAUGAAACAAGAGUUCAAGCGGUGGGACGCCUUGUGGAAGAGAACGCAGGUAGUCAUUUUUUAUUCCCUGUCACGAAUGCAUAUACUUUUACUUUUAGUUUUACGUACACGCACUGGCACAACUCAAGCUCAUGCCCUCCUGUGUGCUGCAGGAUUUUUGUGCAGUAGUACCUAUUCGUUGUGAUUGGUUUUCGUGAUGGUUUGUGAUUAAAGAACAACGAGGAAUAUUAAGAAGGCAUAAGCAUGUUGAUCGGCUGUGUCUACUUCCUAUGGACGUCGUGCGUCAAGCGUGAAGAUCGAUGCUGGCUGAGCGUAGCUUAUAUCUCAUUUUGUUUUCAUUUCUCGCUUCAGGUUCCGAAGUUGCGGCAAGCGGGUCUGUUAGACCGUGGCUUUAAGCUGGUUCCCGUGACGGUACCGGAAGAGUGCAAAUACUACGAGGACAGCUACGUGAUUGUGCCGCGGCUGAUCAAGAAGUCGCUCCGAACCGUGAAGUUUUUCGAGAUCAGCAAGUUGAACCCGGACUCCACCGCGUUUUCGCUUAAAGUGAAGGUCGUAUCGGUAGCAGAGGACGGAAAGUCUUCCGUGAUUGGCGACACCACGGGGACCUGCGUCUACGAAAUCCACGAGUCCAACAAGGAAACCGUCACAGUGGGCGAAACUUUGGAAUUGCGAAAUGCAAUGGUAAGUAUUAGAGAUUCGAGAUAUUUGUUUGCUUUUCACCCCAUAGGACGAUUAGUUGCCCGUAGUUGUUAACUUUCCUUUGUCUCACUGCAGUUCGGUGCAAGUCAACGUCAUGGUCAAUUAUCAUCGUCCCGAAAAAAUAAAACAACACACGACUUUCACUUUCCUUCAUUCUCUUCGCAGGUCCGCAUGACAAAGGACGGACACAUUCACGUGUACACGAACAAGUGGGGUAAGGUUGCAGCGGCCGACGAGAAGCUUGAGGGCGAAGUGAAGUCGGAGAACGACGUGUCAAAAGCCAAGUACGUGUUUGAGCCCCCAGCCCGGGAGAAGAAGGGUAAGGGAAAGAAGGACGAGAAAAAAACCAAAUCCAAGAGCCCCGCGGGAAAGAAGGACAAGACGGAACCGAAGUCGGAGGAGAAGAGUUCCGCUGAAGACAAGAAGACUUCCAAGAAGGCAAAGGGCAAGAAGGGCAAAAAGGACAAGAAGGAAACCGCAGCGGCGGAGAAGCCCGCCGAGGAAAGCACCACUACUUCCAAGAAGAAAAAGGGCGAAGGCAAGAAGAAAGAAAAGGAGGAAAAACCUAGUAAGGCGGCGGAGAAGACGGAGGAGAAGACGGAGGGUGCGACGCCGAAAAAGUCCCGCAAGGACCGCAAGGCCGAAGGGAAGAAAAAAAAGAAGGAAGAAGUAUCAAAUGUAAAAAUGUCUGGGUCUGGAAGAAUGCGCGAUUUGUCAUGCAGCUUUUCCAUGACCCAUGAGGUCUGGAAUGCAGGACCUAGCAUGACAGAUUCUGUGCGACAUCUCUCAUGCGCAUCCUGCAUGAGAAACUGCAUCUCGGUUAGGUCAAAAGUGGACAGCUUUUGGCACUCAUGCAACACAGAUUUUUGCAUGCUUCAGAUUUAGCAUGACAAGUUGCAUUCUUCCAGACCCAGACAUUUUUACAUUUGAUAAGAAGCGGCUGAGUCCAAAAAGGCGGAAGAGAAGAAGAAGGUUGUAGAGGAGGAGAAGCCCGCAAAAAAGAAGGGGAAGGGGAAGAGCAAGGACCGUAAGAGUUCGCCCGCAGAAAAGAAGAAAGAAGUAGAGAAGCCAGCGAAAAAGGAAGAGGAGGGCAAGCGCGGAAAGAGCAAAAAAGGUACUUACUCCUAUUUUUUUAUGUUCGAUGAACAUGAUUUCGUCAAAUUCUAAAUCUGAUAUACAAUAGAAGAAAGAGUAGUCUUGUAGUGAUGUGGUCCUCCCACCGAGAAAUUGACAUGAAAGCGUUGGAUCCCAACUUGUUUUUGUUUAGGUAAGGGCAAGCGCAGCUCGGAGACUUCUGACGACGCGCCAGCUCGGGGACGCUCCAAGGGCAAGGGAAAGAAGGACCGAUCAGACUCGCCCAAGGGAAAAGGAAAGAAAGGUAACUCGGCUAUGGUUGAAAAGAUCUGAUGACUUCGAACAUUCUAUAUGUUCAUGAUGAACUGGUGCGACCUACAACUGGCACCAACUUUUGUGCGAAAGGAAGUCCCACCCCACUGGCAGUGAAAGUGCCCGCGCGGAUUGAUAUGUAAGGACUAGCUAGGAAUAAAUGAUAAAAGGUUCUUGUAUUCCACCCGAAAAUUUUGAUACAGGGAAGAAGAGCUCCUCAAAAGACGAUUAUGAUGGAAGCGACAGCAAGGGCAAGAAGGGCACGAAGGGAAAGGGCAAGGGAAAGGGCAAGCGCAGCAGCUCUGAUGAUUCGUUGCCCGGCAAAAAGGGAAAGAAGGACGGCAAGAAGGGAAAAGGCCGCAGGUACAACAAUUAGCGCGUUUGGUUAGAGUUGUUCAUAUUUAUGUAAAGUUUUACGCUGGAGCGGAAGAUUUUAUGCUGCAGUGGAUGAACAGGUGAUCGCUCAACUCCGAAAAAGCUGCACUUGCCGCCUUGAUCCCAGUAUACAAAAAUUGUUUAUUACCUACCAUGCUGCUGUUUGUAUAUUUUUAGGUACAGUGACAGCGAUUCCUCGCCCGAUAAGGGAAAGGGCAAGAAGGGCAAGAGCAUGAAGCGUGGUGGUAAGUACGAUAGCGAUUCGUCGGACGACGACUACCGCAAGGGCGGCAAGAAGGGCGCAAAGAAGGGAAAGCCGGUAUCUUGAGGAAAAAUCUCCACUCCCUAUACUGAAAAUGAAAAAGAAAAUUUCCGAUGCAGAUUUUUCGUGGCCACGACAAAUCAGCUUUGUCUUCUUGCAAGGAGGUAAGUCCAGAGGUGUAGUGCUUCCACCACCAUGCGAACGAUUUCUCAUGCUGUUUGGCCUACAGGGCGGGCGUUUGCCAUGCUAAAAAAGUAAAGAGCCCACCUAACGGCGCCCCUGCUACACAAGCUACAGUGCCUCAUUGCAAGACAGAGCUCACUAUACUUGUGUACUCAAAUCCGGAAUCCAGGUCGUUUCAUUGCGAAAUCACCGAGAGCUAAAGACCGGGUUGUAGGCGCUUUAGUCAUGAUUUUAUAGUGCUUCUACAGCGACGCUCAUCAGGCCUUAGAAGACUUCCUUGUUUUCAAUAUGGGAGGGCGGGGGAUUUUUCAUUCGCAUAACCGGCGUACUACGACUCCGACUCGGAUUCGGACUAUGGGAAGGGAAAAAAGAUGAAGGGAAAGAAGGUAUCCUGAGUAAAAACGUCCCCACCCCAUAGUUGUCAUGCAGAUUUGCAGUCACAGGAAGAUGUGUAAUGCGCAUCCCCAUGAGAGGUCUUUGCAUUGGUGUUUUGGACUUUGUAAUGCUGUACACAGUAUGAGUAAAUGGAUUUGUGUUGCGGCUGUACUUGCUAAACUGUACUACAAUACAGAGACUGGCAAGGAUAAACAUCUGUCUGUGCUUCCAAUGCGCUGAUGGACUGUGCUCUGCCAAAUAGUGAAGUAAUUUGGACUGCUCCAGUUCUGGUCCCGUUGCUGUAUAUUGUGCUCGGGUGCUGGGUGGAAAGGUCCAACAAAUAUGUUGGCGUGUGUGUGUGUGAGAAGAAAAAAGUUUGGAGUGCCAGGUCCGUUGGGCCCGGGGUGGCGGCGUCUUUGGGUUGAUCAACUCACCCGAAACACAAUGCCAUUCCCGCAGCAGCACAGUCUGUUUAUGUCAUGCGUGACUCCCAAAACUUCUCGACUUGUGUUGGGAGAUCCCCAUCUUGACUGUGGCGUGGGGCCGUUUUUACAAAUGAUAGAAGGGCGACAAGAAGGGAAAGGGCAAACCGGCCUACUACGACGAUAGUUCCUUAUCGCACGAAAAAACUGUUUCACUGUAAACUUGUAAUGCAGAAAAUGCAUCUGAGAAGUGUUUGUCUUGCUACACAUGCAAGACAGUAGAUUUUUAGGCGUGUUUUCCCUUAGGAAGCUCGCAUGGCAAAUUUUCUCUGUGAUGUAGAACAAACUUGUGAUGCAAAACCUGCAAAAUCCUUACAGUGAAACACUUUUUUGAUACGAUAUUCCUCCGAUGACGACUACUACAAGGGCGGCAAAAAGGGUAAGGGUAGUUCUUACGGCAAGAAGGGCAAGUACGAGGAAGACUACAAGGGCAGCAGCAAGAAAGGUUCGUAUGGGAAAAAGUACUAAGGAAUAGAAGUACUUUAUACUACUCUACGGCCGAACUUGCUCGAUCAGUGAGACUGACGGGGAACAAGGAAGACUCUGUCUGUAGUAGUUGCACGGGUAGAAGAAGUUAUCGACGAAAAACGAAGAUUCAAAUAAGUAUCCAAACGAAAAAAUUGCUGUAAUCGAAACAAAGUUGACACGUACAUGGUCUUGGUCGUGGACGAGCGGAGUGUUGUCGCUGGUAAGAAAGAAUGCAGCCUCGUCGCACGACCAUGCGGAUUCAUCCGCAUGACAGACGACUACCUAGCCGCUCGUCGGGUAGAAGUUGGAUGUAAAAGUGUGGUGAAAAUAGAUGCAACCAAAAAAUAGAGUACAUCCGAGUCUACUUCACCACGUUGGUACUAGGAUAGCAACUACCUUUUGCAGAAAAACGCUUUGCUCAAGAAAUGGUUGUUGAAAAAGAUAACUUACUGCGGAUCUUCCGCGCUCGCCCCAAGAAUUAUUGCGACGCAUAGGUCGUGCUACAGGAAGACAGCGCGUCUCUCUGGCACGUCGAAGCCUUUCGGCAAUAGCGAUCAUUUAGGCGAACAAGUUGGUCACUCACUUUUGGUAAGCAUCCACACGAACAUUUAUCAUGCGACCAACUCGCGAUCUUUUGCUCCCGAUGCAAGAGGAUAUCUAUGCUCUUCGACUACGCAACAGCGUUUUCUGACGAUACUUGUUUCCCUCUGUAUGAGAGCGAAAAUGGCUAUUUUUUUACAAACAAACAAGCAAAAAACCUUUGAUCACAUUUUUUUGGCAUUUUUUUGACGAAACAACGGAACUCUGACUAUCCUAUCAAUUUGGCAAUGAACAUCAACCAUUGUAGCUGCUUCUACACGAGCAUCCAUAAUACCAAUUCAUCGGAUGUGAAUGUAAGUAGUUGACUCUCUUUUAGUGUUGUAUCGCUCUUGACGACAUAGAACUCUCUGGCCCAGUAGUUUCAGGACAAAGAGCGAAAAAAAAAAUCGCUACCCCUGGCGGAAUUACAUGAAAAUUUCUUCAUCUUCUACACAGCAGGCACAGCUACCGGAUCGUACACUGAGCCUGAAGACAAGCUUUUUUGGCGAGGCUUUGCAAUAUCAUGGUCGUCAUGGUGUGCGUUUGUAAUAUCCCAGCAAAAUAAGAUAUCAAGUAUUAAUGACAUUAGCUUCAGCUUCUUUUGGCGGUUAUUCUUAUUUCUCCGCGUCAUUUCGAAGAAGAAGUACUGCGACCGGAGCAUCAAGUUUGAACUUUAGUUUUACUAGAAAUCCGAAUUUUUAUUUCGUUUCACUUUCGCGGUCAACAUCCUUAUCUCCGAUUUGAAAUACAACUCAAGAGCGGCGCGGCUUUUGUUGCAUCUAUACUCGAUAUUAUAUUUGCGUCAGAUCUACUUCUUGAUCUGGUGGUGCUUCGUUCCAGCCGCAACCUGUGCUACUGUAAAAAAUAUUCUUUGCUCUAGUAAAUUAAAGAUUACGUCUUCAUCAGCGAAGAUUCGAUCAGGACUCCGGAUCAAGAAUUGCCUCAAACUACACACGACCAGAGAAGUUCGAAGCGCAGGACGACAAUCUUCCCUACGAUAGUUGUAUUACACAAAUGAACUACUACAAGUGCAAUGAGUUGCAACCUACUACAACUGCAACUUUUCAUGUCGCUCAAAGAAUUGUUGUGUUUCACAGGGUGGCCGCCGCCGAUGAAAUGGAAAGAAUGUUGUUGAAACCAGAGAAGGGCCCAAAACCAAAGCUGUCGCGGACAUUUCUUUGUAU